UCCAGCCCGUCCGUCCAGGCCCCUGGUGCUUCCCGACCGCCCAGGCACCAUGUCCCGCUCGGAGGAGGUGAACCGGCUGACCGAAAACGUCUAUCGGGUGAUUCUGGACCAGUUCAACCCAAGUUUAAGGAAUUUUGUUACCAUGGGGAAAAGUUAUCAAAAAGCCCUCUCAGGGGUUACUGUUGCUGCUAAAGGCUACUUUGAUGCCUUGGUGAAACUUGGUGAGUUGGCCAGUGACAGCCAAGGAUCCAAAGAGCUGGGUGAUACCUUGUUCCAAAUGGCUGAAGUCCACAGGCAGAUGCAAGUACAGUUAGAGGAGACGCUGAAAUUUUUCCACUCCGAGAUGCUAUCCCAACUGGAACACAAACUGGAGCUGGAUAUCAAGUAUCUGAUGGCUACUCUGAAGAAAUACCAAGCAGAGCAUCGUGCCAAAGCUGAAUCAGUCGAAAAGUGUCAGGCUGAGCUGAAGAAACUACGCAAGAAAUGCCAGAACAGUAAAAACCCAAUGAAAUAUGGGGAUCGUGAAGUGCAGUAUGUGGAAAUCAUGAGCACCAAGCAGAGCGAGCUGGAUCGGUUUGUGGCGGAAGGCUACAAAGCAGCCCUGACGGAGGAACGGCGCCGGUACUCAUUCCUGGUGGACCGUCAGUGUGCUGUUUCCAAGCACUUCAGCAAUUACCACAGCAAGGUGUGGGAGCUGUUGGCAGCCAGACUGCCCGUCUGGCAAACAUCAUGCACCCAACCUACUCGUUUACCUGAGCGGGCAUUGGCUUUGGUCAAGCUCACAGCUAACAACACCACAGCUGGCAUUUCUGUUCCAGCCAUGGAUCCCCUCCUUGUCUCCAAGACCCUGGAAGAGCCUUUUGAAUUGGGACAAAAUCACCGGACUUCAAUCCAGGAAGGAACAUUGCUGCUAAAUGGUGAUUUGCAUCGAGGGCGGGGAUCCUGUGACUUCAAUCACCUGCCAGUCAGUGAGUCCCUCACCACCACCACCUCAGGUCUGACCCCCACCCAGCCCACUUCAAAAAUCAAGAUUGCUGACAGCUACUCUUGCACUCUGCCAAUGCCACGCAAGAUGUCAAUGGAAACUCGCCUGGCAACUGUAGUAGAGAACAAGACCCUGCCCCGCAUUAAUCCUCUUUCAAUCCUGCCUCCACGUUCCGAACGUCCGAGAGUCCAGGCAAUCUUCUCACAUUCGGCCGGAGAGAACAGCACCCUUCUCAACUUCCAAGAAGGAGACGUCAUCCUUUUAUUGGUGACUGAGGCGAAAGACGGCUGGCAUUAUGGGGAAAAUGAGGCAACUAGAAUGAAAGGUUGGUUUCCAUUUUCCUACACCCGACCCUUUCCCUCAGCUGAAGGAGCUAACAAACUACUUAGCAGUGGUUUCCUUCUUAGCAAGUUGAACAGUAACAGCACAGGAAAUUUGGAUCGAGCUGGAUCUCCAAGUGCUGAACCUGAUGGGGAAGAUGAUUUACGGUUUGGCCCUUCAGCCCGUAUCAGUAUGUCUCGACAACGACCUUACAGCAUGCUAAAUCCUGACCUGUCACAAUUGGCAAAUGAGUUUGGAAGUCCAUCUGCCUCUCCUUCAAGGAUCAAUCCCUUUGCUCAUGUUAAGCUGAAACGUACCGUGACCAAUGACCGCUCAGCCCCACUCAUCCAGUGAAACGUGCAAUGUAAAGUGGAGAGAGCCCACUGCCCUGCUUUUCUUCCUUCUUUCCCUCAUCAUGUGGCCUUUCCCACCUAAUACACUGCUUCUGGUUCAUAGUAGGUUUCGCACGUCAGGCUGGCCCAGGCAUGCCACUCUCCCUAAUGGUAUAGGAAAGGUCCACAGUCUCGACGCACAGCAAAAAAGGCUUCAGGGUUUCAUUGGUAUUAGCAGUUCCAGGAUGGGAAGGCAAGCUAGCGGCAGGAGGACAGUAACAGCCGGAAAGGAGACAAGAGUUUGGAUGCAAGUGAUGGAGGCAGAUGUGUAACAGUUGAAUAAACAGGCAGGAGAAGGGUGAAGGAUGUGGGACAGGUGGAAAGAGGUCAGUUGAAAGGAAAAGGAGAUCGGAAGAGAGCUGUAGAUGGCAUGUUACAGAACAUUCAGAUGAAGAGAAAUUCAGCGCAUGUGGGCCUCUGAAGGUGAUUCGUGUUCCUUAACAACUCAAAAGUUUCCACUAAACUUCUACACUUAUCAUUACAUAAAUAAACAUGUUGCAUGUGGAUUUCUGAUAGAAAGUCCACACUAAUCUUUUCAGGGUGUAGCACUAAGAGAUGUUGAUUUGAGAAUAGAAAGGACAGGGAAAACUGGUUUAGGAGAGUAAGAGAGAAGUGUAGGAAGAAUUGUUAAAUCUAGGAAAAUCAAAUUCAAAUUUGAUUCAAAUUCAAACUUCUAAUCUGAUAUUUCAUCACUGAGUUAUUCAGCUACAAGUCCAGCUUACUUGGAAAAUCACUUGGAAGUGAUUAUGAAUUGGUUAUAUUGAAAAGCAUCAGAUCUGAAUAAGUAUGAAAGGUCUUACUGUGGUGUUAGUUUUGUACUGGCCUCUUAAGGCAUGGAAAUCACCCAUUUCUAUUAAACAAUUAUCAUAUGUUAAACAUAUAAAUGUGAAACAGCUCUGGGGAGAUGAGUGAACAGUUCCAUUGAAGAGUAGAAGAUUGUAAGUUUUACAAAAACACUAUUGAUAAUUGAUGUGCUGUCUCUACAUUCAUUGCACAAUUGUAGGCAUAGCUUAACUGUCUUAACAAGGCAUGGAUUGUGGAUUUAAAAGGAGCCAGGAUUUAUGAUUAAAUAGGUUCUCUGAAUCUGAAAUGGGUCUGUGGUCCACAAAGUGAUCCAUGCUGCUAAUAGGUUUUGAUUCCUCUUCAAACAAUUGUUGAGAUAUUCUCAUGGGUGAAAAGCAUAUCUAUAUUAUGAAAAUGUUACCAUUAAACAUAGGCCACAUAUUUUGUAAUUUAUAUUGUUUUCUGUAGAUUUAACCAGAGGUUUACCUUACUAUGAUAUGCAAUGGUCUAAAACAGGGGUCUUCAAACUUGGCCCUUUUAUGACUUGUGGACUUCAACUCCCAAAUUCCUCAGCCAGGCAUGCUGGCUGAGGAAUUCUGGGAGUUGAAGUCUACAAAUCAUAAAAGGCCAAGUUUGAAGACCCCUGGUCUAAAAAAAAUGUAGAGAUUUCCCCCUGCUCCCCAGGAAACAUGGGAUAGGAAGAGAAAUGCCAGAAGUCAGGACUUCUGUGCAUGAAAGAAAGAAGUAGAUUAAAGCAAGGCAGUUGCUGUUUUUUUUUUUAAAUGUGUUUAUUUAAUUUCAAUUGCCAGAAUGUAUAAUAAAGGCAGUUAUUCAGUAGUAUUCUUGUCCUGGCAGACCAAACUGCAGGCAUUUUGGUCAAGGCCAAAAUAGAGCAAUUCAGCUAUAUUAUCUGAAGAAAGAAAUAUUUUUCUCAGUGAGGAAAGGAAAUGCCAUCUCACUUUUCUUUUGCCCCUCACAUUCCUCUCCGACUGACAAAGAACCCAGUCAUUUAAAAAUCCAAGUAUGCCCCCUUGCAGGCUUAGCUAUGCUAUUACAGAAUCCUGGACAGAUUUGAGUAACAUGCUUACUGAUCCUGUUUAAUCUUGAAUGCGGUUGCAUAAAUAAGCAACAUCGAUCUUCUAAAUAAAUGCACAAGCUGUCCACCUUUGGUGAAACUCACAACUAUAUAGUAAAACUUUGGCUUUGGAGCAAUUGCCAUUUGUUAAAAAAAAACAAGGGCUGAAAAAUAUCAGAAUACCUUAGUUAUCGGAAAGAAAACAAGAUUGACAUUUUACCAAUGAAAGAAUACUCAAAGCUGCUUUUUUUUUUUUCUCCAAAAGGCAACUGGAUUGUUUUUUCCUUGAAGAAAAAUAGGACUUUUUCUUGAGGAAAAAGUAAAACUUUUUUUUUCCUCAAGAAAAGACAAUCCAGUUGCCUUUUGAAAAAGCACCUUUGAGAAAAGUAUGACCUGGAUUGACUGAGAAUCUCCACAGACAUAAUGAAAGAAUAAUUUCGGGUUUUGGAGGCACAAGGUUCAUAGAGUUUUUACAAAGCCAUCUUCCACUUGUAGUUCACUUGAGUUUCAUUAUUUUUUUCUAAUAUGUAAAACAAAAUAAAACGAAGAUGGCAAGGCAGACUAACUAGAUGGCUUGUUUUGAAUUGCUAAUUGCUAAAUCCCUAUAAGUUCAGAAUUGAACCAUUCAGUUUUCUUCUUUGAUUCUGUUUACAAACAUUUGCUUUACUUUGCAGUACAGGUAGUCCUUAAUUUAUGACCACAAUUGAGCCCAAAAUUUCUGUUAUUAAGUGGGACAUUUGUUAAGCGAGUUUUGUCCCAUUUUACCUUUUCCAGCUAGCAGUACUUGACAGUGUUCAAACUUAGCUAUAAUAGAAAUGAGAGAUAUAUUGAAAGAACAGGUCAGCACAUAUGUUAGGCCCAUAGAAAGAAAUGGUUGGUGACUUGAAUCCGUACUCUGUAUUUCCAAAAUCCAACAUUUACUGUAAGUUGCAAAAGGUGUGGACAUUGCAUAGAUUUGUUCACAGUUCAAUACAAAGAAAAGGGGUUUUUUACUUAGAACCUUUUACACUGGUUCCCAUUCGGCAUGUUGUUUCAAAAGCAUGAAAUACGAAUCUAUUUUGCCUAUUUUUAUUACCGAUCAGAUCAAACUAUUUUCUGAAAUAGUUUUAUUAUUGAAUUUUGGAGAGUCAAAUACUGUAUGAAAUGUCAAGAGGGGGAAAUGUUGAAGAUCAGUUUAGAAAUAGAUUUGCAGAUUAAGCACAAUAGCACAGAAUUCUCUGCAUAACAAUAUGAUUGCCAAAUGUGUGUGUGUGUGUGUCUUAUUCUGUAUACAGAUACACACAAACACAUAUCCUGGAUCUCUGAAGCUGGGAACUUGUGUCUUAUUAACAGCUCAUUUUAUCUUACCUAGGGCUAAAAAGUAUACAUUUAUCUUUGCAUUUCCUUCCUGUUGUUAGAAAUAACUCAAGUCAUCUCAUGAUUGUUGCCCUGUUUGUGCAUAUUUGUGUGUGCAUAUAUAUGUGUGUUUCAGCUGAAAUACAUCUGGAAAUUUUUGAAUCUCCUUCACUUGAAAGCCAGAAGAAUGAAUUCAAGUUACAGAAUGUUCGUAUCUAAGAUCAGCGUUUACAGAUCCUGCAACUGAUGUGUGAAAAUUGGGAUGAUGGAAAAUUUUGACACUGAGACACUCUGCUUUGAGGGUACAGAGGAGAUUAUGAACAUACCAAAACAAAAUCAAAAUGGCUUUCACAUUUUUUGUAAAAAGAAGCAGCUUAUAUGGGAUUCAUUCAAAAGAACAAAAAAGAGUGAAUGCAGGAUAGCACUUAUCAUAUGUGAAGUUGCCAUACUGUAUUUUUGACAGUACUGUAAGCUGAUUGUAAAGAAAUUUUAUCAUCCUGCACCAUAUUAGAAAGUUGGAAAAUAAUGGACUAACUAUAUUUUUAUCUUCUCCAUUGGGCCAUGUAAGAUAACUGGUUUAUCAAGUGAUUACAUGUAUGCCAUAGUUUCUUACCCAUUGGUAAAUAAUUUUUAUGUUUUACUAAAAAAAAAAAAGCCUGUGCAACUCUACACUUUAGAUGUUUGGUGUAGCUUGGACAUAAUAUAUAAAGAACAAUGAGAUUCCAUUUGAUGUCAGUCUCUGUGUGUGCAUAAUGAAAGAGGGGAUGGGGAAUAUGUAUUGUUGCAUUGGGACAUACAUUGCCAGCUGUGCAGAUAUUGAGGUCUCGUUAGCUAUGUCAUAAUUUUAAAAUUAAUAAAGUUUAAUAUAAA